GUUAUCUUUUCCAGGUCUUUUUUUUUCCCAUUAUCUUUUUGAGACAGAAGAAAAAGGAUCAAGAUGGGGCGGAGAUCUACAUCAUCCACCAAGAGUGGGAAGUUCAUGAAUCCCACGGAUCAGGCCCGUAAGGAAGCUCGGAAAAGGGAACUAAAGAAGAACAAAAAGCAGCGGAUGAUGGUACGAGCAGCUGUGUUAAAGAUGAAAGAUCCAAAGCAGAUUAUAAGAGACAUGGAAAAAUUGGAUGAGAUGGAGUUUAACCCAGUACAACAGCCGCAACUUAAUGAAAAAGUGUUAAAGGAUAAGCGCAAAAAACUGCGUGAGACUUUUGAGCGCAUCUUGCGCCUCUAUGAGAAGGAGAAUCCUGAUAUCUAUAAAGAGCUGCGCAAGUUGGAAGUGGAAUAUGAGCAGAAGAGAUCACAACUCAGCCAGUAUUUUGAUGCUGUCAAGAAUGCUCAGCAUGUUGAAGUGGAAAGUAUCCCCUUACCAGAUAUGCCUCAUGCACCUUCCAACAUCCUCAUACAGGACAUUCCCCUUCCUGGUGCACAACCACCUUCUAUCCUCAAGAAGACAUCAGCCUAUGGACCACCACUUCGGUCCAUUUCUGUACUUCCACCUCCCGGGCUUGGUGUUCCACGUUUACCUCCAGGCCGGAAGCCCCCUGGACCUCCUCCAGGGCCACCCCCACCCCAAGUCCUACAAAUGUAUGGGCGCAAGGUGGGUUUCGCUUUGGAGAUGGCUCCUCGAAGACGAGAAGAAGACAUUUCCUACAGUUCUGAAGCAGGACAGCGAGGGCAUGAUGAUAUCUCCAGUACCAGUGAAGAUGAAGGCUAUCCCGAGGAUAUGGAUCAAGAUAAGCACGAUGAGAGCAGUGAUGACAGUGACAGUGAGAGGUCAGAUGCAGACAGUGAAGCUGAGGAUUUCCUGCAUCGUGAUAAUGACAAGGAGCGGGAAGGUGGUGAAGAGAAGAAAUCAGGUCAUAGUGUACGGUUUGCAGACAUGCCUGGGAAAUCACGAAAAAAGAAAAAAAACAUGAAAGAGCUGACUCCGCUCCAAGCCAUGAUGUUGCGAAUGGCAGGUCAGGAAAUCCCAGAGGAAGGGAGAGAAGUGGAGGAAUAUUCAGAAGAGGAGGAGGAGGAGGAAGAGGACUCAGAGUCUGAAGAGACAUCGCAGCAGCAGCAGCAGCAACAACACAGUGAGGAAGCUCUUGCAGAGACUGGGUCAUCUGCUGCAACUUCCCAGUCACAGCAACAACCUUCGUCACAAUCGGUUGCUCAAAGUCAGAUACAGGCACCUCCCAUGCCUGGGCCACCUCCUCUAGGACCACCUCCAGCCCCUCCACUGAGGCCCCCAGGUCCACCCACUGGCCUUCCCCCUGGCCCGCCACCAGGAGCUCCUCCCUUCCUGAGACCUCCGGGGUUGCCAGGACUGCGUGGGCCUUUACCUCGACUUCUACCACCAGGCCCCCCACCCGGGCGACCGCCUGGCCCUCCCCCUGGUCCCCCGCCAGGUCUGCCCCCAGGUCCUCCACCACGUGGGCCACCUCCUCGCCUGCCACCUCCGGCUCCACCAGGUAUCCCUCCUCCUCGCCCAGGCAUGUUACGGCCACCUUUGGUGCCUCCGUUAGGACCUGCCCCGCCUGGGCUUUUCCCACCAACUCCCAUUCCAAAUCCUGGGGUGCUGAGUGCUCCCCCCAGCUUGAUCCAGCGUCCCAAGGCGGAUGACACCAGCGCGGCCACCAUUGAGAAGAAGGCUACGGCCACCAUCAGCGCCAAGCCGCAGAUCACCAACCCCAAGGCGGCAGCCCCCAAGGCCGGAUCGUCUGCGCCCAUCUCCGUACAGACGAAGGAUGAUGUGUAUGAAGCCUUCAUGAAGGAAAUGGAAGGUCUCCUGUGACCUCUCCUAGUCCUAAUCAGCUUUCCUGCUCUCCGAACACAGACCAGACUCCCGCAGAAGGAGGAGAAGAAAAGGCCCUCCUGCAAGCAGUGAGAGGGCUCGCAUGACAGGGAAUAGAUACCU